UCUCUCUUUCCCUCGCUCGCCUCACUCCUCCAGCCUCACGUACGCCAACCCCAAUCUCCCAAGCUCCUCGCUAGCAACACCGUACCCCGCGCACACGCGCGCGCCAACACCCCCUCCCUCCCUCCCUCCCUCCCCAAGAAGCGAAACAAAACGUGCGUGUCUGCUAUCGCGCCGCGCCGCCAUGGGCAACGCUCUCGCCGGCCGGCGGCGCGCGGCCAAGGUGAUGACGGUGGACGGCGCGACGUUCCGGUACAAGACCCCCGCCGCGGCGGGCGCCGCGCUGCGCGGCCACCCGGGCCACCAGCUGCUCGAGUCCGAGGAGGUGCGCCGCCUCGGCGUGCGCGCGCGGCCGCUCGACCGCGACGCGCCGCUCAAGCCCGGGAAGCUCUACUUCCUCGUCCAGAUCCCGCGCAGCACCGGCGCCGCGGCGGCGGGCGGCGGCGGCGACGAGGACCCGCGCGCGCCGCGCAAGACGUGGUCGGGCGCGCUGCACGUGGGCGCCCGGGAGCGCCUCGAGAGCCUGAUGCUGUCCCGGCGCACCGUGUCGGACGUGGCGUCCAUCGUGCCGUCCUCGGCCGCGCGCCUCGCCGUGGCGGGCGCCCCCGCGGGGUCGCCGAAGCCGCCGCCGUCUGUGGAGGUGGGCGCGGACGGCGCCGUGCGGCUGCGGAUGCGGCUGCCCAAGUCCGAGGUGGCGCGGCUGAUGAAGGAGAGCCGGGACCCCGCGGAGGCCGCCGAGCUGAUCAUGCAGCUGUGCGUGGCAAGGGACCAGGGCGCCGCCGCGCAGCCGCCGCCGCCGGCGCUGGCGCGACCGCCGUGCUCCGCGCUGUCCUCCCGGAACGCGACGACGACGACAACGGGCACGGGCUUGAAGAAAGAGCUUUGGUCAUACGAGAGGAUAGCAAUUGGUCGCCCGCUUGUCGAUCACUCACCAUAUGAGCUGGAUAUGUACGGUGACACCGAGGACGAUAGGCCCACCAUGGGGACUCUCUGGUACGCUCGUCAGAAGAGGUGGGCCCACGUACAGUCUCGUCGGGCCUAUCCUGAAUUUGUGGCUGAG